GACACAUAACUUCACUCUCUGUGGAAGAUAAAAUGUACCUCGUUUUAAUUCUGUAAAUUCGUUUUAGAAAUCUACACGUCUUAAUUUGUUUGAAAGAUCAUGUGGACGUUUAUUUAGGACGGUUGAUUUUUAAUUUGUUGCCGCGUGCACUUGUUAUGGGCGUUGUUGUUUUCCGCACUUGUUUGACUUCAGCUGAGAAUAACAAGUGUGUUUUUUCCCUCUCAAUACACAACUUACUCGCUUUAUUUUGGCAGCAGAAGUGGAAGUGUUAGAAGAAAGGUGUGUUGAUUGAUUCUGCCGGUGGUCUUUCAGACAUGGACCCGAUGGAUGGAGGAAUGCGUUACACUCCCGGUUCUUCGGACAAGGACUGGGACCAAGCUGUCACAUUCUUGCCAGCAUCAGAUAAUAAAAAGCUGGAGAAGAAAAGCGGCCCUGGGAAAGUUGGGGUCAUUGUUGGUCUGGUGAUCUUGGCAGCUGUUUUGGCUUUGAUCAUAGGGCUUCUGGUCUGGCAUUUCCAUUUCCGGAAGGAUUUGAAGUUACAGAAGAUUUACACCGGCUCGCUUAGGAUAACAAAUCAAAAUUUUGUGGACGCGUAUGAAAACCGAGACAGUGAAGAGUUUAAAAGCUUGGCAAAACAAGUCAUGUUUCAGCUGAAAUCAAUGUACUCAGAAUCUCCACUACUGUCGAAAUAUUACAUUGGUUCCAAAGUUGAAGCCUUCAGUGAGGGCAGUGUAAUAGCUUACUAUGUGUCAGAGUUUGCUGUUCCAGUGGGACAGGAAGCAGCGGUGGAUCAGGGUGUGAGCAAAUUAAAUGACAUGUAUGGCUCCAGUAAAAUUCGCAAAUUUGUGGAAAAACCAGGUGCCCUUGUCUUCGAUCACGUUGUGUCUUCAGCUCUGGACACACGUUUGUUCUCAAAAGCCAGGACAAAUUUGAGAUUCUCCCAGCACACCAGAGGUUCUGAGGAUGAGAUCAUUAGAUCACCGGGUUUCCCUGACAAACCAUAUGAUCCAAACUCCUUUGUGCAAUGGCAGCUUCGGGGAGACCCAGGCUAUGUGCUAAAGUUGGCUUUUGACACCUUCAACCUGGAACAAAACUGUUCGAAUGACUUUGUGAGAGUGUAUGACUCAUUGGUCGCCAUGGACAAAUUCCUUAUGGCAGAGAAGUGUGGCUACUAUUCUCCCACUGAUUCUCCAACCUUCAUUUCUUCUCGGAAUGUUAUGCUGGUCACCUUGGUAACCAACGAAGCAGGGAAUUAUCCUGGUUUCAGAGCCCGUAUCACUCAGAUCAGGCCAGAUAGCAAGGAACUCGCAUGCGGUGGUAGAUUGACUGGAUCCUCUGGAAGUUUCCAAUCACCAAACUUUCCUAAUUAUUACUCCCCCAACACAACAUGUCAGUGGGAAAUCGAGGUUCCUGUUGGUAAAUUCGUCAAGCUGAAGUUCCCCAAGUUUCUGGUUUCAUCGGGGAGUUCGAAUUUUUGCCCAGGAGAUUAUGUGGAGAUUGUUGGUAAGAGCAAAUUGUGUGGGCAGCAGCCAGCUAAUACUAUGGUCACCGUCAACAGUAACAAGAUGACUGUUGUGUUCUACUCGAAUUCAUCACAUGUUGAUCGAGGUUUUAGCGCCACUUAUGAUGCCUUUGAGCCUACUGACCCCUGCCCGGAGUUGUUCCAGUGCGACAAUAAACGCUGUGUAAAUCCAACCAUGCGCUGCGACGGCUGGAAUGAUUGUGGUGACAGCAGCGAUGAGAGGAACUGCCAGUGUGACUCCACCAUGAUCCAGUGCAGAAACGGGUUCUGUAAGCCCCUGUUCUGGCAGUGUGAUGGUGUAAAUGACUGUGGAGAUGAUACAGAUGAGAUGAAUUGUGGAUGUAAGGUUGGAGAAUUUAAGUGCAGUAACGUUCAGUGUGUCUCAGAGAAGCUGAAGUGUGACGGGAAUCGUGACUGUAAAGAUGGCUCAGAUGAAGAAGGAUGUUCAAGAGAAAUGUCCUGUACAGUCUCAACGUUUACGUGCAGGAACAAGAGAUGCAUCACCAAACAGAACCCUCAGUGUGAUGGGCAAGAUGACUGUGGCGACGGCUCCGAUGAAUCCAACUGCAACUGUGGCAAGAAAGCUUACAAGUCGUCUCGUGUUGUGGGUGGGCAGGACGCGAUUGUGGGCGAGUUUCCAUGGCAGGUCAGCCUCCACGUUAAAAACGCGGCUCAUGUUUGCGGUGCAUCAAUCAUCAGUGAACGCUGGCUUGUGACGGCUGCCCACUGCGUACAGGACGACAAAAUCAAGUUUUCUCAGCCGGGCACAUGGGAAGCAUACUUGGGUCUUCACACACAAAAAGAGAAACAGACAGCAACAAAGAGAUUCCUAAAACAAAUCAUUCCUAACCCGUACUACAACUCCUACACCUAUGACAACGACAUCGCUCUGAUGGAGCUGGACUCACCCGUGACCUUCAGUGACACCAUUCGACCCAUUUGCUUGCCCUCUGCCACGGACGUCUACACCGCCGGCGACGUUGUCACUAUCACUGGCUGGGGUGCCACUAGAGAAGGGGGUGCUGGAGCGACUGUGCUGCAGAAAGCGCAGGUUCGCAUCAUCAAUGAUACGGUGUGUAAUCAACUAAUGACGGGUCAGAUCACUUCUCGCAUGAUAUGUGCUGGCGUUCUGUCAGGAGGAGUGGAUGCUUGCCAGGGUGACUCUGGCGGUCCUCUGGCCUAUUCAUCGAAUGACCGUAUGUACCUGGCGGGAGUGGUGAGCUGGGGUGACGGCUGUGCCCGCAGAAACAAGCCAGGCAUCUACACAAACGUCCCAAAAUUCAGGGGCUGGAUCAAGGAGAAGACUGGAGUAUAACUUGCUUGGAGAUUAUGAUAAACUGUGAGAAAUUUUAUGAACUGUUUUGGAUUCUCAGGCCACAAAUAUUUUAAUAACAUACAUGGGAUAACGCAAGCAUUUUUAUGUGGUGCCUGGGUGAAUGGAGAGAUGGACAUGUUGACCUGUUUUUGCCUUUGUCUAAAUUGUUUUAUAUAUUUGUAUAUUUUAUGAGGAGAGCGGUAUGGGGGUUUUAUUCUGUCUUAAGAUAUGUAAAUAAAUGUCUUAUUUUCUUCUUUUAAAGGUUUUGUGGUUUUUAGCAACUACAUUCUUGAAGUGAAGCUUUUAUUUGUUUGAUUGUGAAUGAUUUUGUUUUGUUUGGUUCUGUACCUUCAGUUUUCUUUGUUUCGGGGAGUGUGUAUUUCUGGAGUCACACUCACAUACUUAAAUGUGAAUAUCUUCAUGCUUUUAUGACUUUUAUGCAAAAUGUAUGUAAUGUGACAAAGUUUGAGUUACACAUGGAAACACUUGAAAAGAAGUUUUUCAGAGUCUGACAUGCUUUAAAUUUGAUUCAGGGAUUACAUUUAAUUACAUUGUUGCAACAUUUUAUAAAUAAAAUGUGUAUUCUGGUUAA